GAACGCACCAUUGCGCAUCCUGGGGGCGGAGAGGAAGCAGCGGUUUACUGGCAGUCAGGAGGACAGAAAACACGUCCGAGUGGGACAGAAACCUGCAGAAAAUACACCAAUAUCUCCUGGAGUAGGCCCAGCUGGGAUUGAAACGUUGAUUUCGGGCAAUCGGGUCUGUGCUCCCGAUUGAAGCCAGAGAUGAUGACCACGGAGAAGACUGCAUACUCUCCCGUGGAUGGGGGUCCCUCUCCUCCCUCGUUACCCGGCCAGACAGCGUUUCCUGUUACAUUUGACAUGAAUAUGCCAGGACCCAACAUGUUCGGCCCUGCACCUGGUGGUGGUGUCCCUGCUGCUGCCGGUUACCCUGCUGCUGCUGGUUACCCUGCUGCUGGUGGUGGUUACCCUGCUGCUACUGGUUUCCUUGCUCCUGGAGGUCUCCCUUUCCCCCCACCGACUGCUUUUGGGCCAGGUGUCCCUGAUGCUGCUGGUGGUGGUUACCCUGCUGCUACUGAUUUCCUUGGUCCUGGAGGUCUCCCUUUCCCCCCACCGACUACUUUUGGACCAGGUGUCCCUGAUGCUGCUGGAGGUUUCCCUGCUCCUGGUGGUCUCCCUUUCCCCCCACCGACUGCUUUUGGACCGGGUGUUCCUGGAGAUUUCGGAAUGGGAAAGAACCCUCAAGGUGGCUCAGGAUUUGGAGCCAACCCCUCUUCCUCACCAUAUUCUCCACCAGGCCAGGGCUUUAAUGACAACUUCAAUGAUGAUGUUUACCAUAGCGAGGACGAUCCACCACCCUUUCAUGAGAAUCAAGACUUUGAUUUUGGAUUAGACAACAAGAGCAUAAGAAGAGCCUUUAUCCGAAAGGUGUUCUUGGUGCUGACUGCUCAGCUGAUGGUGACAUUCGCCUUUGUGGCUGUUUUCACCUUCGUGAAAGAAGUCAAGCUUUUCGUCAUGAUGCACACCUGGACCUACUUGGUGUCCUAUGUCAUCUUCUUUGUGUCGGUUUGUGUGAUCAGCUGCUGUGGAAGCGUCCGCCGAAGACAUCCUUGGAACCUGGUUGCAUUGUCCGUCCUGACUCUCAGUAUGUCCUACAUGGUGGGAAUGAUCGCCAGCUUCCAUGACACGGACACAGUGGUCAUGGCAGUGGGCAUCACAGCAAUUGUGUGCUUCACAGUGGUCAUCUUCUCUCUGCAGACCAAGUACGACUUCACCUCCUGUUACGGUGUGCUUUUCGUCUGUUUGAUUGUCCUGAUCAUCUUUGGCCUCCUGUGCAUCUUCAUCCGUAACAGGAUUCUGCACAUUGUGUAUGCCGGACUGGGAGCUUUGCUCUUCACCUGUUUCUUGGCGGUGGACACGCAGCUGCUGCUUGGCAACAAGGAGCUGUCUCUGAGUCCCGAAGAAUAUAUCUUUGCGGCUCUCAACCUGUACACAGACAUCAUCAACAUCUUUCUCUAUCUUCUUGCUAUCAUUGGAAGAGCAAGGGGGAGCUGAGCUGGAGGUACAACAAAGGGAAAUUCUGACAUAAAAAUUGCUUUCAGUUUAUGCCUAGAAGUGAGUUACCAUAAUCUUGAUUUUCAUUUUGUCUUGUAGUGUGCAUUGAUCACGUAGCUUGAGAAAAUUUUGCUUCACCCAGUGUAAAUGUUAAUUUUUGAUAAUAUAUAUAGAUCGUCUAUGUUGUAGUUUGUGGGUUUAUUAAAGUUUUAUGAGGUAUAUGACGUGCUGUACGAAACCUUUUGAUUUAGCAAUUGAUAUCUUAUGCCGUACGAAAUCAUUAAACAGUAUAAAGAUUUGACACUAGCUUUUUCCAGAGCUGUCAACUGUGUCAUACAGUCUUCAUCAGCAGAGGGGGUUUGAUCAGUUGUCAUGGAGACAUGGAUAUUGUGAUUUCAUCCAUUGCACUUUUAAAAUUAAAUCAUGAACAGCUGCUUAACUUGCAUGUCAACAGAUCCAUCACCUUGGCAACUUAGCAAACUACAUUGGUGAAGGCUGUGAUGUGGUUGAAAGCCCUAGACAAAGUUAGUAAGCAGACCCUGGGUUUUUGUCAAACUACUAUGUCCAAGAUAAAAAAUAACAUUUAAUGCUAUGUAUAAAGUUUUUUUCUAAACCUGA